AUGUCGCAAGAGUCUCCGACGGCGAGGGCGCAGAGCAUGACCGAGCGCAGCGCUCCCCUGUGGAGCCAGGCGGCCGCGCGCCUGUGGGUGCGGUGGAGCGACAAGGGAGGGCGCGCCGAGGAGGCGCUGCCCACGCCCGAGUGGAUGAAAUCACCGGCCGAGCGGCUACGAGUCGCCGAGCAGGCAGUGGAGCAAUGGCCGGACCUCACUCACGCCUGGCAGAUGCUGAGCCAUGAGCUCCUUUCCGCGGAGCACCAAGACGUCAAGCGCUCGCUUGCAUGCCUCAAGCGAGCGGCGGCAGUGACGGGCAGCGCACACGCGCGCCAGCUGCUCGAGGAGCGGCAUGCAUGUUUGGAGGCGAAGGCCUCUGCAGCAUGGCGAGCGGCGAGCGGAGACGACGACGUCGCGCUAAAGGUGGUCCGGCACUACCCCGAGUCGCCGCGCGCCUGGUGGAUGCUUGGUGUCGCCAUGCUGAAGGCACGCGACGAGGCGAAGCGAGUUGCUUGCUGCUUCGAGCGCGCCGCGCAGCACUCGCUGAACGACGCCAACUCGCCUCCGAAUCCCGGGCUGGCAGCCGUCGCCAGGGGAGGGGCCUGUUGCGGAGUGGGAGACGGAGUGGCUCGCCUCAGGAUUCUUUUCCAGCGAAGGUGA